UAAUAUCAAUAAAUAAUGUCAUUAAAUCUCUUCUUUGUAGGUGUAUGUGGAAAGAAGACAACUAAUAAAAACUUUGAGGUGCCUCGACGAGCGGGAUCAUUUACCACCAGCACAAAUCACUGUAAAGUGUCUACUGUAAGAGAAGUAGACGAAUCACCUUAUGUUCCUUAUGAUGGCCCGGGGGAGUGUAGCAAUAACAGCAUCAGAAAUCCAUCAGCUCUUGGAGGCAGUUUUCACAAUGUAGGAGACAAAGCCCACCACCGCAAACCGAAUGUGGCUCAUCGGUUGGCGGAAGCAUACUUCCUGACACCUAUACUUUGCCGACACUGUAAGUAUUAUUUUAUGUAA